CUUAACAAGAGCAAGGAGUUUUACUUUUUAUAAUAGGUCGGCUCACUGGAAAGCGUAAGAAUGAUUUUUCCGUGUAGAUAUGCACAGUACUUCAAGAUAGGUCUCAUGAGCUUUUGUCUUCACGCCUGGAGCUCUUUGGUGACAUCUCCCCCGGGUGACACGGUGUCCCUGAACUGCUUGUACUCCACUAACAGCAGCAGUAACGGCUCAUCAAUGCGCUGGUACAGGCAGCUCCCCCGCCAGCCCCCUGAGCCCAUACUGCAGACCUUCAGUCCUAAAAGUACGUUCAGCACUCCAUUUUUCCAGUAUGGAGAGCACUUUUCCCUGAAGAAAAAUCACACCCUAGUCAUCCGAAAUAUCACCCAAGAAGACAUCGCCACUUAUUACUGCUCCAAGCUGGAAACAGACGUGUGCCGCUUCGGCGACGGGAUCGAGCUGCGAGUGAACGGCAAUGGUUCACCAUCAUCUGCAAAUUCUGAAAAAGGGUCUGGAGACUCGCUUUACGCUUUCCUUGCUUUGUCAGUUUUGCUCAAUCUUUUACUGUUUCUCUGGAUAGCCAUUGAAAAAAAAUGGUUGUCUUGUAGAAAUCCUAAGAAAAUUCUAGAGUCGCAGCAACCCUGUUAUGAGGAUGACCUGCAUUAUGCUGAAGUGAGAACCAUGGAAAGUCAACAACAGAGGGGACAAAUGAAAAAACACACUGUGUAUUCUGAAGUCCAAUUAAGAAAAUAGAGCUUAAAAUGGAAUUUCAUAUUUUGAAUCGGCUGUGCUUUUAAACUUAUGCUGCCUCACAGUUCAAGUGUAUCUACAUACUGGCUAGAAACAAAUGACUUUUUUUUGCCAAAUGAAAAUAAAAAAAU